AUGAGCAGUUUAAAAUAAAUGAUGGCUAAAUUCACCACCGAACUGCUCUAAAUGUAUAAUUUGAUUAGCGGAAAGUCAAUUAAGAGUAAUCUACGGUUCGACGUGACAUGUGCAACCGCCUAUCCAUUAAAUGGAAAACUCUGACAACUUAAAUCAUUUAAUAAAGUGCAUGAAUAUGUAUAUUUUUAGUGAUUCGGCUCGGUUAUUUACAUAUUCGGUUCAUAUAUCAAUAACAGAAUUACGUAACGUGUAUGCAACCCAUAAUACACGCCGCCAAUUUGUUAAAUUGUUCCGCGGGAAAGAAUUCCAAGCCUAACAUAUUUGAUAUUGCUACAAGAACUACAAGAUUGACAUUGACCGGAAUAAUUACUGUCCUUUGAGUGUUUUUUGUUCUAUUGGUUUAUCUAUUAAGUAGUUAAACAAUUGUAUCUAACAACAAUUGAAAACAAUAUAGUUGCUAAUUUGAGUCAAUCGGCAGUCAGAGUGCGAGACGCACGUUCGAAAAUAAUAAAUAUUUGUGCCGGCAUUUAAUGAGCAGUUCGUCCGGAGUCUCAUUGAUUUUGAGUUCAUCGGGAACUAUUUUUACCUCCCAUGUGCCAAUUCGACCCGUGCCUAAGGAUUUAUCUCUAGAUUUGCCAUUGUGUAAGGACUAGGCUCGAAACGGCCCAAAAAAGGCGACUACGCUGCGAUGGAGUACCAGAGCAAGGACGUGAUUUUGCCACGAAACGACCGCAAAGGGCGCAAGCCGUGGCGGGCCCUCGUCUCCUACUGGAUCCUCGGGCUCUGCAACAACUACGGAUACGUCGUGAUGCUCACGGCGGCCAGUGACAUCAUCGGAGAGUCCGAAGGCGCAAAAAGCACUGAAAGAAACUGUACAUAUAUGUCUACAGGGGCCAUUUUACUAGCCGACAUUAUCCCAAGCUUGCUAGUUAAGUUACUGGCGCCGUUCCUCCCUUUUUUCGUAAAUGUAAGGGUUGCCGUUUGUAUACUUUGUUCCUCAGCGGGUUUCCUUCUUGUAGCCUUUAGCCAAAACAUUACAAUGUCCUUGUUAGGAGUAGUCGCUACGUCCUUCUGCUCAGGGCUUGGGGAAGUGACGUAUCUCCAAUACAGCUCGUUCUAUGACAAGAAUGUCGUUUCGACGUGGAGUUCGGGCACCGGCGGCGCUGGUGUUAUCGGUGCCGUCUCAUACUCGCUCCUGCAACAGUUAGGGCUCAAAACCACCCUAUUAGUGAUGCUGUUGGUCCCAGGGAUGAUGGCUGUGACGUUUUAUAUAAUUUUGCCGAGUCCGGAAGUCAUGGACGAAAAUGACAUACAAGCCGACGUGAACAAUGAAGAAAUCAAAAAUCCAAAAGAAGCCUUCAUGAAAAAACUCAAACACGUUCCCUCGCUUUUCAAGUACAUGAUUCCGUUCGGUUUGGUUUACUUCUUGGAGUAUUACAUAAACCAGGGAACUUUCGAAUUGAUUAAUUUCGAAAAUACGUUUUUGGCACCCAGUGACCAGUACAGGUGGCUUCAGGUCGCUUAUCAGAUCGGGGUGUUUGUGUCCCGGUCUUCGGUAAAUUUCUUCCAUAUAAGACAUAUAUGGGUCAUGUCAGUAUUACAGGCUGUUAACGUGGUGAUUUUCACCACGGAAGUCAUAUAUUAUUAUAUGCCGAGUUUUUGGAUCAUAUUGGCCCUAACGUUGUGGGAGGGUCUCUUGGGAGGUGCUGCAUACGUGAACACUUUCUAUAGGAUCUCGACUGAGGUCCGUGAAGAGAAUAAGCAGUUUUCGAUGGCAAUUACUAGUUUUGCCGACAGUAUUGGCAUAACUCUAGCCGGAAUCGUAUCGAUUUACGCACACAACGCCAUCUGUAGCCUGCCGAAGCCUCAACGUUAGUUUUGUAAAGGUUUUAUUUAAUAAAUAAAUGAUGCGUUUGA